CUCUGCUGACUGGCAGUGGGUCACCUUCCUUGCAUUGCUCCGGUGGUAGCGGCAGCGUGUGAACCUUGCCAUGGGCGAUAUCCCUAAGGGUGACCCUGAGAAGGGCAAGAAGAUCUUUGUGCAGCGGUGUGCACAGUGCCACACAGUUGAAGCUGGCGGCAAGCACAAGACAGGACCCAACCUGCACGGUCUCAUUGGACGCAAGACAGGUCAAUCUCCAGGCUUCAGCUAUACAGAUGCCAACAAGAGCAAAGGGAUCACCUGGAACAAGGAUACGCUGUUCAUCUACCUAGAAGACCCCAAGAAGUACAUUCCGGGCACCAAGAUGGUCUUUGCUGGCCUUAAGAAGGUGCAAGAUCGGGCUGACUUGAUCUCCUACCUGGAGCAAGCCACAAAGUAGAAGCUCAGAAUUGGUUACACCGGUGACAAGCUUGAGGCACUGUUUUCUCCACUCCCACCCAUUGCCAUACCCAAGAGUAAAUUAUCACCAUUUUCCAUCUGUUGUUGAGGGGCAGUGGCUCUUGCUGCAAGGACGACUUAGAUUCUGGCCCGCUCCGCUGUUACAGUAAUAAAUGUUUGCAGUUUUACCGCUGUUA